AGCACGCGGAGCUGCUUCCUCUCAAGUCCAACUCCAGACCGGGUCAGGUCGAACCGCAGGACCUCACUAAAGUUUCUCCCCCGGACCGGACAUGGCGCCCAGCGCGCAGCUGAAGGAGGCGAUAGCCGACAUGCACGAGGGCAUCCGCGCCAUCCUGCUCGGACCUCCCGGAGCCGGAAAAGGGACGCAGGCCCCUCGGCUGGCAGAGAAGUACUGCGUUUGCCACCUGGCCACCGGAGACAUGCUGAGGGCCAUGGUGGCGUCGGGCUCCCAGCUCGGCAAGAGGCUGAAGGAGACCAUGGAUGCCGGCAAGCUGGUCAGUGAUGAAAUGGUCGUGGAGCUCAUAGACAAGAACCUGGAGACUCCUGCCUGCAGCAAUGGAUUCCUGUUGGAUGGAUUUCCCCGAACCGUCAAACAAGCCGAGAUGCUGGACGACUUGUUGGACAAGAGACAUGAGAAGCUGGACUCUGUGAUCGAGUUUGCCGUUGACGACUCUCUGCUGGUCCGCCGGAUCUGCGGCAGACUAAUCCAUCAGCCCAGUGGCCGCUCGUACCACGAAGAGUUCAACCCUCCCAAAGAGCCCAUGAAGGAUGACGUGACAGGUGAGCCGCUCAUCCGCCGCAGCGACGACAACGCCACGACGCUACGCUCCCGCCUGGAUUCCUACCACAGACAGACGGCGCCCCUGGUGCAGUACUACAGCGCCCGCGGCCUGCACACGGCCGUGGACGCCGCCCAGAAGCCGGAUGUGGUGUUCGCCUCCAUCAUGGCCGCCUUCUCCGCCGCGACGGAAGUCCCCGUCCGCGCCGCCGCCUCUGGUUGAAUCCUGAGCUGCUCCACUCCCACCCAGACGAAGGACUGGAGCUGCCCGAGCGCUCAGAUGGGUGGACGGGGGGGUGGGGGUUUAGACUGCAGGGGAAUUCCUUAGACUCCAUAAGUUCUGGUUGCUGUUGGACUCGUCAGCACAUUUCUACUCUCAGUAAUUAUGACUGGAAUGAAGAAAGCCAUCUUGUUGUCACGUUCCUCGUGUUUGCCUCCAGUAAACCUGCUUUUCUACAAUCAUG